AUGGCUGCGGAGCUGUACCCCACCAAGAAGCUGGUUCCGUCCGCCUCCGCCGGCAGCACCGCCUCCAUCCAGCAGCAGAACCUGACCAACAACAACACCACCGCCGCACAGCGCUGCUGCAACUGGCAGGGCCUGUUCCCGACCAUCCGAGAGAGAAAUUCAGUCAUGUUUAACAAUGAAAUGAUGGCAGACGUUCACUUUGUCGUGGGACCGCCCGGUGGGACGCAGAGGGUCCCAGGACACAAGUACGUCCUGGCUGUCGGCAGCUCCGUGUUUCAUGCCAUGUUCUACGGGGAACUGGCCGAGGACCAGGAGGAGAUCCGGAUCCCUGACGUGGAACCUCCAUCAUUCCUCGCCAUGUUGAAGUACAUCUACUGUGAUGAGAUCGAUCUCUGUGCUGACACUGUGCUUGCCACCCUCUAUGCCGCCAAAAAGUAUAUCGUGCCUCACUUAGCCCGAGCCUGUGUCAACUUCCUGGAAACAAGUCUGAGUGCGAAGAACGCCUGCGUGCUUCUGUCUCAGAGCUGCCUGUUCGAGGAGCCCGACCUCACGCAGCGCUGCUGGGAGGUGAUUGAUGCUCAGGCUGAACUGGCUCUGCGAUCCGAGGGCUUCUGUGACAUCGACACGCAGACUCUGGAGAGCAUCCUGCGGAGGGAGACGCUCAACGCCAAGGAAAUGGUGGUGUUUGAGGCAGCGCUGAACUGGGCCGAGGCAGAGUGUCAGAGGCAGGAUCUGGCCCCGACCAUUGAGAACAAGCGUCUGGUUCUGGGGAAGGCCAUCUACCUGAUCCGCAUCCCCACCAUGGCACUGGAGGACUUUGCUAACGGAGCGGCGCAGUCUGGCGUGCUGACGCUCAAUGAAACCAAUGACAUAUUCCUGUGGUACACCGCUGCCAAGAAGCCCGAUCUGCUGUUCUGCACCAAACCACGCAAAGGCUUGUCGCCACAGCGCUGCCACCGCUUCCAGUCCUGUGCCUAUCGCAGCAACCAGUGGCGGUACCGCGGCCGCUGCGACAGCAUCCAAUUCGCUGUGGAUAAGCGUGUCUUCAUCGCCGGCUUCGGCCUGUACGGCUCCAGCUGCGGAUCGGCCGAGUACAGCGCUAAGAUCGAACUGAAGCGCCAGGGCGUCCCGAUGGCACAGAGGAUCAUCAAGUACUUCUCCGACGGCUCCAGCAGCACUUUCCCUGUCUUCUUCGACUACCCAGUCCAGAUAGAGCCAGACACCUUCUACACGGCAAGUGUGGUCCUGGACGGUAAUGAGCUCAGCUACUUUGGCCAGGAGGGCAUGACAGAGGUGCAGUGUGGGAAAGUGACCUUCCAGUUCCAGUGCUCGUCAGACAGCACCAACGGGACAGGGGUCCAGGGGGGGCAGAUCCCAGAACUCAUCUUCUACGCCUGAGGGCAAACACCGCACACACUCCUGAUCACUGCCAUGAGGACACUUACUCUGAAACUCCACAGGAAGCAGUUGGCGUGGUGGGCGGGGCUCCAGGGUUAAAGCUAAGAUUGAAACAUGAAGAAGCUAAGUGUGACAUUCCUUCAUCACGUCGCUUGUUUUUUCUCCAAACCUUCAUGGAACCAGUUGUGCUGGUUUCAUGGAACCUUGUGUCGCACAUGAACCAGACCUCAGUGGACCGGAUCAAUGACCGUCUGGAUUCCGGAGACAAGAAGCCAUGUGAAUGUCUGUCAACGACACCUGUGCAAUCUGUAGAAAUGGCCAGAACUGACGUAGUUUACAACCUGUCACUGUUGAAAGGCAGGAAGUGAUCAGUCGACUUGUCAAUAAAGAGUUGCGCAAGUUAAAAAACAAAGAAAAAAUCUCAAAAGACCGGAAAAGGUUCUGUUUAGUUGAGCUCAGAUCAAAGAUGAGUCCACUGCACAUUAACAAAUUAAAUGUUAAAUAAGAUUAAAGUUAAAGUUUUAAAAGGCACAGUGAACACAAUGUUAUACGAGUCCAGAAACCAGAGAUGAGUCUCAGUACAUUUAUAGCAACAGUUUUACACAAACCAUCAGUAAAGUUAGACAUUAACAUCCAUCUGUAAACACAUUUAUCCUCAUUUUACAUUUUAGUUUAAUGAACAUAAAACAAUAAGCAGGUGAUGUGGUUUAUGUUUAAUGAUCAACAUGAAUUAACAAAAAUACCAAGAAACUUCAUUAUGUUUGAAAUUUUUCACUGAAAUCAAAGUAGAAGAAUGAAGUUAUUCCUGAUCAAACCAGAACCAGCGCCUUGGUUCUUGUCCCGUUACAGCGACAAUGAUGUUUCUGAUAAAUAGUCAUUUUAACAAGAGUAAAACGUAUUAUAUGCAUAAGAACCGUGAGAUGUGUUCAUUGUCAUCUUGACCUUAAGUCUUUCCCAGUUUGUCAUCGAGUCCAGAUGAACUUGUGCCAAAUCUGAAGGAAACUCCUCGAGGGUUUUUUGAUUGAAGUUAAGCCCAGGUUUCAGUGAUGGAAUUACAGAAGCACCGAUGUGAAGUUCUGUUCUGAUACUGAUGAUAUUUUGUGUUUGUCAUUUAGUUUUUGUUGUUGUUCAUCAUUGUUUUGAACCAGGUUCUUCUUAACUGUUUAAAGUAUUCGAACUUUCUUCGCUUUAUGUCUGAAUGAGCACAAAUUGAACCUCACAGAUUAAUGAAACAACCUUUAACGUUGGAGCCACUGCAUUUAUUUUUUAUAUGUUGUUCAUUUCCUGUUCUUCAUUGAAUUCAUGUGUUUCCCUCCUUUAACUCUUUGUUCACCGUCAUAAGUCAAUAAUCAGGUGAUCAGAUGCUGGAUGUUCCUUAGAUGUGUCUGUUGGUUUCUGUCUGUUUCAUGCCUGAUGCAGAUUUUUCCUGAUGAUUUAUCAAUUUGGUUUAAUUAAAUUGACAAGAAAACACUUAGAGAAUUGAUUGAUAAUGACUGAUUUAAAAAAAAAAAAAAAAAAGGGCAGUUCUUACCAAGAUCAGUUCAUCCAAUGCCCUUUAAACAGUCAAAUAGUCCAUUAAUAACAUCUCACAAACUGUUUUGAUAUGUAAUGAACUAGUUUAGUUAUUUUUCAAAGAUAAAAUUCAACACUUUCUGAUUCUGCUUUUGUGAAUUUGAAAAACAUCAGUCCUCUUCUAUGAUGAAACAUGUCAGGUCAAACAGGACAUCUGAGGACAUCCACAAGGUUUUUGCGAUGUGAUGUUUCACAGACCAAACAGUGAAUCGAUUGAUUUAUCACAGCCUAUUAGUGUCUCACCUUCAAACCAGAUGUUUAAUGUUGAUGUGAAAUGGAGGCGUUGAAGGACUGGAUGAAGUGUUCUUUUUCUGUAUUUAUGGUCUGAUCACCUCAUUUCAGUUUAUCUCCGACAUAUGGAAGGAUUUGAGGUUGAAUCUGUUUGUGUUGUGUUGAAACUUGCUGGUGCUUUUAUUUCCUUUAUGUUUGUUUCGUUUCUUGCAUCUGAAACCUGAACAUUGUGCAUUUUAUUUGUCACUGCUUCAUGUAUGUGUGAAGUGGAGGAAAAGCCCUGUUUAUAUGAUUCUAUAUUAAGAAAACCAUAUUUUUGGAUGUUUGUUUCCUUGCAGCAGAAUGUGAACUGAGUCGGUGACAGUGGCCUUAUCAGUGUGAUGUUGUGGCAAAUUUAGAAAUAAAAUGUUUAUUCAAAUGA